AUGAGGCUGCUAAGCUGGAACUGCCAAGGGCUUGGGAACCCUUGGACAGGUCGAAGCCUUCGCAAGCUUGUGAGGGAGCAAGUUCCCACGGUAUGUUUUCUUAUGGAGACUAGACUUGAUAAAGAUGGUUUUGAUAGUUUGUAUGGAAAUUUACCAUACCAAAAUAAGAUCAUUGUUAAACAUCUGAACUGGUUGGCUUUUUUGUGGAAUAAUGAAGUUAGAUUGGAGUUAAUUAAUUUUACGGUUAACCAUGUUUUAGCAAAAGUCACGGAAGAUGAUGGUUUUGUGUGGUUCAUGACUGGUUUCUAUGGGUGGCCAGAAGCACAGCAGAAAGAAAAUUCAUGGAGGUUGUUGAAACAUUUACAAUCGUUUGUAGUGGGCCCAUGGGUAGUAUUUGGGGAUUUUAAUGCUUAUUUACAUGCUUCAGAAAAAAAAAGUGUUAGGCAGCCACAGUUUUCUCAGAUUGAGGCCUUUAGGGAGGCUUUAAAUUUUUGUCAUCUUCAUGACCUAGGAUAUAAGGGGUAUCCAUACACUUGGAGCAAUAAGAAACCCGGGGAAGCUAAUACCAAGAUUCGGCUUGAUAGAGGUGUUGCAAACAAGGAAUGGACAAAUAGAUUUCAAUUGAGUAAAAUUGUGCAUUUGUCAACUCAUGCUUCGGAUCAUCUGCCAAUUUUGCUAGAUGUUCAAUCCUUUUCACAGCUGAGACAGCAACGUGGUAGAAGCUUCAAGUUUGAGGAAGCUUGGUUGCUCUGGGCGGAUUGUGAAGAAGUUAUUCAGGAGGCUUGGGGGAAGGCAGGGGAGGAAAAGGUUGGUUUGGCAGCAAUACAAGAAAAAUAA